AUGGAUACAAAUGAGGCAGAAACUGGUCUUCUUGAAUGUAAUAAAGCUGUUCGCCGAAUCAAUCAUAAUUUAAAAAUUGCUGCGACUCUGGAUGAAAAACAACGAUUAUGUGCUGCUUUAGCUAAUAUUAAGAGUCAUCGAUCGCAAAUAAAGAAUUUUCGGAAAAAAGGAAGUCGCAUUCAUACUGGAGUAAUUACAAAUCUUCAACACAAAGAUCCGAAGACUUUUUUACAAGAUUGCAAAUCUAUUUUUGAACGAAAAAUCCAUAAUACGCUACAAACAAAAGAAGCCAUUAAAGUCAAUGUUGUUCUUUGUGGUGAAUUUGUUUUAUCGAAGGCUGAAUUUAAGUAUUUUACAACUUCUAAUUCACCAAUAUAUAAAGACACUAACAUCGGUCAAUGGUUUGAUGAAAAGGUUAAUACACCCAUUCUAAAUGAACUUGAGGAAAUUCAAGAACGUGAUAGUGGAUGGGCUCUAAAACAAGUUGUGAACUUGGGUGUAAAUAUAAACAAGUUUACCCCUCAACUGGGAUCAUCAUAUAUUGAUUUACCUUCACAAAUUAAACAAAAAAAAUGUAUUAAUAUUAAAAAUGAUGAUCAAGCUUGCUUCGCUUGGUCUGUUACGGCUGCUUUAUAUCCAGUAAUCAAAAACUCACAGCGUUAUAAAUCUAAGGUAGAGUUUAAAAAUUUUAAAAAUAAAGAAAGAGUCCCUUUCAUCGUUUACGCUGAUUUGGAAAGUGUAUUGAAUCCAAUGGAAGAUAAAAAUAUUUAUCAGCAACAUGUUCCAGCUGCUGUGGGCUACUACUUCAAAUAUUCUUAUGAUGACACUAUUUCCUUUUAUCGAUCAUACAGGGGUUCCGAUUGUAUGCAGUGGUUCACUGAUGAAAUGAAAAAACUGGCCGAGGAUUUGGAAACUCUCUUUUGGUGCCCUUUCGAUAUAGAUAUCUCUGCAGAGCAGGAAUAUGAUUUUCAAAAAUCUACACAUUGUCAUAUAUGUGAAAAACCGUUCGAGCCUUACGAUAAAAAAGGUUAUCAGUCGCCUAAUAAAAAACUAAAAGUAAAAAAAAAUACUCUCGCGGUAAAAUUGAACGACGAGUUACAAGAUAUCAAAAAAUAUGACUUGGGACUAUUAACUUUGACUGGAAUAACCACAAACUUACAGCAUAGCGACAACGCCUCAGAUAUAGACGAGACAAUUGAAAAUGUUAAUCGACAGAUGCAGAGUUUAUCAUCAAGCGACGAAGAGGACGACCAAAAUCUCACACCAAUUACAACAUCAAAAAAUGAUUUUGGAGAAUCUGACUAUAACAAAAUUGAAAGUAAUGGUGAGGUUCAGAAAAGAGUUGAAGAACAAGUUGUAGAAAAAAAUGAGCUAGAGUCAAUUUAUAAUCCUUCUCACGAAUCUUUAAUAAUUUUAGAAGCUUGA